AGGCAUAGGCCCCGCCCCCUUUGCGUGCUGUUUCCGACGGCCCGGGAAGAGGGGCGGGGUUUGAGCGCGGCCCCCUCCUUCCUGAAGGACCCAGCGAGCCGCCGGGCCCCGCUUGAUACCACCGCCAGGAAACUGCUUGGGGUAAAACUCCUCGUUAGGAGCCGAGCACCCAGUCCCGCCGCUAUUCAGUUAAAUAUAACUGUCCAGCACCGUGAAGUCAAUCGGUCUACUUAUUGCACACAAAGUUAAGGACACCAGUCUUGGCAGGAUUAGAGCUUGAGGUUGUGUUUUGGUCCCCAAAACGGGCACAAAUAGUAUUGAGGACUCGGGUGUUGUUUCAGAGGAGCUGGAGACGGGACAUUGCCUGGCAUCUUGAUGCAAUGUGAAAGUAAACCUGAAAUUGGGAUUACUGGUUUCUGAGGAGCUCCUGCUACCAUGUCCUGGGUACAAGCUGCAGUCAGCAGGCCCAGAGAGGAUGUAUUCGAUGAAGAUGCUGAUGAGAUGCACCUCGUACAAAAAGAGUGGAAGAGCACCAUGGAGAAAAGGAUCAAGGAAGGCUACAGAGAUGGAGUUGAGGCUGGAAAAGAAUGUGCACUCCAGCAGGGCUUCAAUCAGGGAUACAGAGAAGGGGCCAAGAUGAUGAGGACCUGUGGCCAGUUCAAAGGAAUUCUAAAUGCUCUCUUAUCUUGGUGUCACCUUAACAGACAUGAUUCUGCUCUGCUGAGCAAGAUAAAUGAUCUCCUGGAUGCAGUUGGCAAAUAUGAAGAGCAUGUGCUGAAGUGUCUGAAUUCUGUCCAUCCACAGCCCCACCUUGGGGAGUUACUGGAUUCAGUUCAGGAUAUGGACCUUAGCUGUACAAUCCCAGCUGAGGAAGAAUUUAAUGGAACUAAAUCUGAAAGACCCUGUGGAAGUGGUGCCACGUUCAGUGAGAGCUGUUGCAGGAGUAACGGUGAGGCUGACUCUGUGCAGUCUGAGAACUGUCAGACAAAAAAACAUGGAGAUUCAGAAAGUCCAACCCUUGCUUGGGUUAAAGAACAGACUGUUUGCUUAAUACAGCAACUAGGCUUGUCAUGGGAUAUAUUACAGCUUAUCCAGCAGCUUGAAAAUUAACUUCUGUGGGUUUCUCUUUGGUAACAUUCAUAAAACAACAAUGGUAGAAUUGCAUUUUGUUUAUAAAUAAGACAUAGGAUGUCAGCUAAAUUACUUAUUUGAUGUUGCCAAUAAAACAAUGUCUAUUUUAUAAUG